AUGCAGGAAUCAAUGCAAACACCUCGUGUGAAGCCUCCUGCAAAUGUUCAUUAUAAAAAUAAUGCAAAAUAUGGUACUUCUGGGGAAAAGACACCGCGUGAACCUGAAGGGAAAAAAGAUAAACAAAAUGCAAGAUACAGAAUUCAAUCAGCUCGUGUGCGUAGACCAGUUAGAAUGCUUUCUCCUGUUGUAUCUAAUGCUCCAAUAUCCCCUGAUGAUGCAAUUAUGCGUUAUUCGUUUUUCCUUACACCAUUCGAGAUGGAUGAAAUAAAAAGUUUUCCAGAAGUCUAUUAUGUUGGUCAAGCAAAUAGAAAAAUUAUUCCUAACGAUGAUGAUCCAUAUAAUUAUGGCUUUGAUAAUGAUUCAAAUAAUUAUAAUUUAAUUGCUGGUGAUCAUUUAGCAUAUAGAUAUGAAAUUUUAUCAUUAUUUGGUGCCGGUGCUUUUGGGCAAGUUGUUAGAUGCUACGAUCAUAAGUUAAAAUGCCAAGUUGCGAUAAAAGUCAUCGUAAAUACAGAACAAAUGCAUGAGCAAGGUCGUAUUGAGGCUCAAAUUCUUUCUAGAUUGAACAAAGCCGAAAUUCGACAUGUUGUUCGAGCAUAUGACUUCUUUAUCUUUAGAAGCCAUAUCUGCGUUACCUUCGAAAUUCUUUCCAAGAAUCUAUAUGAAAUUAUUGAACAAAAUAACUUCAAAUCCCUUCCAAUCAAACUCAUCAGAUUAUAUUGCUUGCAAAUCCUAUCUGCAUUAGAUCAAUGUCAUAGGCUUAACGUUGUGCAUUGUGAUUUAAAGCCCGAAAAUGUUCUUCUUGUUAAUGGCAGCAAUUCAACUGUCAAAUUAAUUGAUUUUGGCUCCUCCUGCUUCAAAGACCAUCAAAUAUACGAAUACAUACAGAGCAGAUUCUAUAGAGCUCCAGAGGUUAUUCUUGGAAUACCAUACGGCCCUCCAAUGGAUGUUUGGAGUUUCACUAUUCUGGCGAUUGAACUCUUCCUCGGAUUGCCGCUGUUCCCAGGUGAAAACGAAGCAGACAUCCUUUCUAUGAUGAUUGCCCUUCUUGGACCCCCUCCCAAGCAACUUGUUCAAGAAGGAAAGAGAAAAGAAGAGUUUUUCGACGAAGAAGAUAAUUUCAGAACAGAUUUGUGCGAGAAAGAAAGGAAGCCGUUCUCCACAGACCUCAAGGCUAUGAUAAAGGAGAAAAAUCCUACAAUAUCAGAUGGAGAACUUGACUUGGUAAUCGACUUCAUAAUGAAAUGCAUAACUUGGGAUCAAAAAGUCCGAGCAACGGCAGCCCAGGCACUGCAGCAUCCGUGGAUAAGGACGAAGCAGAUAGAAACAAAGAAGAGGGCAAGUUCCAUGUUCCCGAACUUGAAGUAA